UCUUCUUCGUUCACAAUUCAGUUGUCUCCUCUUGGUUGUUAAGCUCAACAAUCGCUCCUUAGGCUGACCCGCACGAAAGGAGAGUAGCUGAGCUCUUCGACUCCUUGUUUCUCCCUUGUUGAUUGAAAUUCAUGAGGAACACCAGCAUUUUUCUGGCAAUCAACCUUCCGUUUGAUUUGAUCAUCUGCGAUUUUAUUAGUAUAAAACGGCGUGCCCCCGAGUCUUGUGGCCAUCUGUAAUCAUUCGGUCGAGAGUUUUGGUCAAGAUCAGUCUAAUCUUUGCUCAAAUAGUGGUUCAAAGAUGUCUUCGUCCAGUGGAACUUCUUCCAUGGAUAUCAACGCUCCAGAGGCGGGGGGUUGGCCAGGAGCUGGUGAAAAGCCGUUGGGGCGAAAGGGAUACGUCAAGUUGUAUUCAGUGAAGAGCAUCCACGGAUUGAGACCCCGGCGCAACUCUCUUUCCGAUUUGGAUUCGCUGAACGUCUCCCCGGUCAGCAGCUUCGCCUCCUUUUUUCGAAAUGGGGACACCACGGAAGUUUCUGCUGCUGAACACGUGCAAACGCUUUUGAAUAGGGGCGGAACCCUGACCGCCAAUCUCAUCCCUUUUUUCGAGAUGGAGGAACUCAUUACCACGAAAAGGGCGAAAGGGAGUGGCGAGAAACGGCAAGGUGGGUCAAGUUCGAGGAGAACGUGGAAAUUGGCGGAAACCGUUGGUCCAAACCACACGUGGGGACCAUUUCUUUGAAAGCCUUGCUCCAUCUUCGUAACAUUCUGACCUCAUGUCCAAUCCAAAUGGACUUGGAGGCUAGCAACUUGGCCGAAGUCACGAGCAUGCUGGUGGCCAACCUCGCUCGGAAGGGUCACCUCAGACCCGAACUUCAAGUGAUCGUGAAAGAAGCCAUCAUGAAACGCCAUCAGCACCAACAUCAACAGCAUCAUAGUGGCCAGCCCCGUUUGCCGUUGAUUCGAUCCAUUGCGGAAAUUGGACGAAGACAAAGUACGAUUCAAGCAACUUCCGAUCUGGGUCUAGGGGGCGCCAGUGAGACAUCGUCGGCAGUUUCGUCCACGAACAACUCUUCCCGGGGGGAAAACGAUCCUUCUCAGGUGAAUACGCACUUCAUGAAAAAAGUACCCAAGGAUUCGGAAGGGAAUAGCAUUUUGAUCGGCGACGUUUGCGAAUUGGACCAUCCCAUAGCGUGCUUCAUUCGCUUAGCCAACGCCGUGUACAUCGGGGACCUGACUGAAGUGGCCGUCCCCACCAGAUUCAUCUUCUUAUUGCUCACGCCAAAGUCGGAAGACUUGCCUGACGUGAGAGAAAUAGGACGUUGCAUGGCCACCAUCAUGUCUGACGACGUGUUCCACGACGUGGCUUACAAAGCGCAAACGCGACGGGACUUCCAAGCCGGGAUCGACGAGUUUCUGGAUCAGGUGACCGGAAUCCCACCCAACGAGUGGGACCCUUCCAUUCGAAUCGAGCCCCCGGCCAUUGUUCCAUCCCAAGAUGCUCGGAAGAAGCCCAUGGCUAUCAAGGAUAAAUCCCCGGACACUCUGGAGGACGAGGAACGACAACAAUUUCAUGACCAGAAAGAGGCGGGAUUGGUCUAUACCACGACCUUGUUCAAAGGACUGUGUAACGACGUGAGGCGUAAAAUUCCUUUUUACCUAUCCGAUUUUCGAGACGGGUUCAACGCCAAGACUGCGGCGUCUGUGGUGUUCAUGUUCUUUGCCGUUUUGGCCCCAAGUAUCAUCCUGGGUGGAAUCUUGGGUGAGAGCACCAAUAACCGCAUUGGCGUGAUUGAAACUCUCCUGGGGAAUGCCAUAGUCGGCAUCGUUUAUGGUCUCUUUUCUGGACAACCCCUCUCCAUUCUGGGCCUUACUGGGCCGGUUUUGAUCUACGAGAAGAUUCUUUUCACAAUGACUGUAUCCUUGGAAUGGGAAUACCUCAACUUCCGUUUGUGCGUGGGCAUUUGGAUCGCGAUUUUUCUUUUCUCGGCCGUGGCUUGCAAUCUCAGCAGUUUUGUAACAUACAUCUCUCGUUUCACCGAAGAGACCUUUGCCGCCCUAAUUGGCGUGCUCUUCAUUUGGGGUGCCAUUAAGAAAUUGUUAUCCAUUAACAAUAGCUACCCACUGGACGCCCCCAAAUGCGCUUGCUCACCCCGAAAUGGAACGUCCGUUCACUUCGAUUGCAAUUUCCUCUACAAUGAUGGCAUGGUGGAACAAGUUACCUUGCCCGAGGCAUGCGAGGAUCCAACCAAUGUCUACUUGAUGAGUGUGAUCCUCUUCACGGCCACAUUCCUCAUCAUCAUCGCCUUGAAACGGUUCAGAUCCAGUGGGUUUGGUCCCACCUGGAUCCGUGGAUACCUCUCAGACUUUGCUGUGAUCAUUGCUCUCAUUGCCAUGACAUGGUUUGACUUUGGAAUGGGCGUUGACACGCCUAAACUGAAGGUGCCAGCCUCAGUUGAACCCACGUGGACAGGCAGAUCCUGGAUCAUCUCUCCUUUUGGACCCAACCCUUGGUGGAGCUCUUUUGUGGCCAUUGGUCCUGCUGUAUUGGGUUCCAUCUUGAUCUUCAUGGACCAACAAAUUACCGUGGUCAUCGUUAAUCGCAAAGAAAAUCUAUUGAAGAAAGGCUGUGGGUAUCAUCUGGACUUAUUCUGCGUGUCUGUCAUGGUGUUGGUGUGUUCCAUUUUCGGGUUUCCAUGGUGCGAGGCUUCCACCGUUCCAGCCAUCAAUCACGUGAAAUCGCUUUCCCAAGAAUCAAAAUCCUCCGCUCCGGGAGAAAAGCCUAGGUUUCUGGGAAUUAUGGAACAACGCGUCACCCAUCUGGUGGUCUUUAUCCUAAUUGGACUGUCCGUCUUCAUCGCCCCUGCUCUGGCUUAUGUCCCCAUGCCUGUUCUGUUUGGCGUGUUUCUUUUUAUGGGUGUGGCCGCUCUUGAUGGUCUUCAGUUCGUAAACCGGAUCUUGAUUGUCCUUAAACCCAAAAAACAUCAACCCGACACACCUUAUUUGCGUCACGUACCCACCAAUCGAGUCCAUGGCUUCACGGGGGUUCAGGUUUUAUGUCUUCUAGUCUUGGCAUGUGUCAACGAAUUACCUUACAACAUGGGCGUGGUCUUUCCCAUCAUGCUAGUCUUACUAGUGUUUGUACGACAAUUCAUCUUACCUCGUUUCUUCGACUUGGAGGACUUGAAAAUGUUGGAUAGCGUCUGGCCGUCAUUCCAACGUUGCCGCGAAUUGGAUAAAGAAGAACGGCUUAAACGCCAAUGCGCGAAGGCUUUGAACUUGGUAGUGUCCAAUUCCGGAAACCUUAAGGUCCCUAUGGCCAAUGGGUGCGUCAUGUCAAUCCCGCUCUCCGCAGUUCAAGAAGAGACCUCCAAGGUUGUAACAGAAUCUCAGUCUAUUGAAACGGACAAAGAUGGGGAUUCCAAGCCCAGAACUCGCCGAAAUAUUUUACGACGACUACGGGGAACCCCGAAAUUGUCCCAAUCCGUGCCCAAGGAUAUUGUGAUCGUCCGUGAGGACCAAAACGAGGAGCCCCAUACUCCAACUUCCCCUGCUGCUUCCGAGCAAGGAUACAUCUUCUUCACUCCAGGCUUACAAGUCUAAGCCGCCCUUGAUAAACUUAACUAGUAAUUUUCACCCAUUGUGACUUCCAACUAAUCGUUUUUUUUUCUUUACUCGACACUUCUCUUCUCUGAGAAAACAGAUAUCUUAUAGUUUCCCGCCAAAUUAAUUUGAGCCAACGCCAUGCUACGGAAGUCGACGUUUAUUUAAUACCAAUAAUGUACAUCAAUUAUCACAUAUUUGUAGCUAAUCGAUUAUCCUAACAAUAUUAUUUUUUAUAUAUUAUGAAAUAAGACUGACAAAGCUAAUAAAGCUGGAUUUAACACA